AUGGCUGCAAACGAUCCAGUUCAAGAGAGACAGCUUGUUCUUAUGGAAAGAAUGAGUAGAAGGAUCGAUUCGAUUCUCGAAGGGCAAAAGAAACUAGAAGAUACGAAUGCAGUCCUUCAGCAAGAAAAUGCAAAGCUGAAGAACCAACUUGCGAGUCUGGAAGGGCAGGCAAAGAAGAAAGGCAACAAACGUUCUAAAAGCUCUCGCAGAGAAUCAAAUGUUGUGAUUCCAAAUGACUUAAGGGUAAAUAUUCUUUAAUUACUUUAAGGAUAUAAAUUUUUUCAACUUUAGUACCGUUAAGUUGUGUUUCAGAGUUUCAGUUGCGGUGUAUCAGAAGCAUAAAACGUGUCUUCAAAGACACCGCCAUUCCGCCAUCACGCGUGUUCUGUGUUAACUUAAAGCACAAUAUGUGUAGAUGUUGGUUCUAGUGCUUAUCACAAAGUUGGAACAUCCUUGUGCUGAAUUCUUGUGCCUAUUUUGCAAGCAUUUAGCAAAAAUACUGUUUACCCAGUUUAAAAUUUCACUGUGUACUGUUUACCCAAAAACCCUGCUGACCCUGAUUAAAGAAAUAAACAAGUUUGUGGUUUGAAUUGACUUUUGACAUAUGAUGUUCUUCCAUAUUAUCUUCCAGAAACGGUUUCGGUUCAUCUACAAAAAGAUGGUAGAAAAAAAAGUGACACAAGGUUUCAUCAUUGAUGAAGAAUAUGUUAUUUUUUUACCAUACAUAAGAUGAUGUGUUUAAAUAGCAAGGCACUAAGAGAGAUGGCAUGCAAGAUAUUAGAAUUAAAACUUUACCACCAAGAGCUAAAUCUCUCUCUGACCAGCUUCUUCUAAGGGACUGUUAGUUAUCUGUUUUGAGGCCAGUGUUUAGAGUCUGGGGCCAGUGUAAAAUAUUCAAAUUGGGAGUAGGAGGUGGUAAACUUUUUAGAAUCUGUUAUUUCAACUAUUAUGUUGCUGAUAGAUUAAUACAUGCAAAUUUUUGUUUUGAGAAAUCUUUUCCCUUCAAGAACCAGAAAUCCUAAUGUCAGUUUGAAGGUGUAAAAAGCAUGUAGCUUCUGCACUGUACCAGCAGUGAUUAGAAAAUUGUCCAUCUUGUAUAACUGCUUUACUUGAAUUAUUAUUUCCUUUUUUGGCUGAAUAAUAAUAAUAAUAUUAUUAUAACUGCCUCUGGCUAUUGUUUAAAACAAAAAUAAUAUUCUCAUUUUUAUUACAGUCCACAGUCAGAGAGAAACCAGAGUAUUUUUACAAAAGUGAAAGAAGUACUGAAAAAAGAGCAUGGAGGAGAAAGCUGCCUAUGGACUGACUUACAAAUGGAAGGUAUUACAUUACAGGAAUCAAGUUUUAAUGUUGUGUGCAAGUUAGAACAAGAAGCAUUUACCUUGUGCAAAAUCAAACAAAUUUUCUGAAAUAUGUUGGACAAAAAACUUAACAACUGAAAGGGAAAACACAAUAUUACCAGCAUUAAUUCUUUUAAUUAAUAUAUAUCCAUAAGCUGAUGUUACAUAUACACAUAGACUUGUCAUUGUAUUGUAAUUUUAGGAUAUCAUGCAGUGAUAAUAAUUAUUGUUUUUAACUCAACAGCUCAGUUUUAUCGGUACUUCAAAACAACUAAAGAAAGAGAGCAGAGGAUAAGAAAAGGGAAAAAUGAAGAGCAUAAAGAAAAGUGCAAAAGGAGCAGGUGUUUACUAAAUGUAAGGACUAGCUAAGUUGUCUUGCUUUUGCCAUGCUAAACCUAUAUUCAAGAAUAAAUUUUCAAGAUAGUGUGGCUGAAGCAUGGCUUCUGAAUCAAACAUUUCAAUUCAGUUUGACAACAAGUGUUGUUUAAUACUGUGGCAAAUUUGUGCAUGGCAUUGUACCAACAUAAUAAUAGUUUGAAAACACAAUACAAUGUGGGAUAAUAUACAGCAACAAAAAAUGAAACAAUGCCAUGCACAAAUUUGUCAUACACUGUAAGUUGGAUUGGUAUGUUUACAACUGGUGUACAAAUACACAUUAAUUAGGAAAGUCAACCUUGCUGGUAGUUAACCAAAUAAUAUGGGUUUGCUUUAAUUUAGUACUGUUUUGUAGCAUGAAUUUUUUUCUGGGAGUUCUAUUUAUUGCUGAUUGUUAUUUUCAUAUUUUAUAUCUUUUGUGGGAUAUCAUUUUGAGUUAGAAAAGUAUUUCUAUUUGACAAUAAAUUAUAUGUUUCAUAGAUAUAAUUUGGUCUGGUUAUUAACUAAAUAAUGACUGAAUUGUUGCUUUUUGUUCCAUUAGAAACUGGAAAGGCGUCAGUCAUCCUAUGAGAUGCUACAAGCUUCUAUGACACCAAAAGAAAAACAGUAUUAUAGUGAAAUCCUUUACAUUGAUUAUAUGAGUAGCGAAGAAACAGAUUAUGAGGAGCAAGAAGAUUUCAUUACUGGUGAAAAAGAAAAGAAACUGGCAAGAUAUGUAACCAAGAAGCUAUCAUGGGAAAGAACAAGCUUGACAAAUGCAAAAGCCAGGCUAGACAGAACCUACAAAAAUAAUUUGACCCCCCAUGCCAGGGCAAUGGCUAAGCCAAGGAGUGUUGGUGGCAUGUCGGAGAGGCCUGCACCUGCUGGCCCACUUUGGGCUGUCAGGCAGAUAAACAAAGAGUCGUGAUUGAAAAAAUACUUAACACUUUUUCUACUUUUUAUUCAUUUAUUUAUCAUGUAUUUAAUGGCAAACUGAAGUAAUUGUUUUGUUAGAACAAAUUAUUGUCAUCUAGAUCACAGGGAUAGUUUCUUCCAAGUAUUGUUAAAUUUAUUGACUUAUGAUGGGGAAAAUUUGUUCCUGUCAAGCAUAAAUUAGCUAGGUAUGUGUGAUAUUUUAACCCUUUAACUCCCAAGAUCUGAUUGGUAACUAUCCUCUCUAGCUGCUACAUAUUUCCCUGUAACUUAGUUUUGAGAAUCUGGUGUGAUAUCAAGACAAAGACCUAUACCUGAUAAGUUUGAGAAUUCUCAUUAUCUCUUUGCUGGAUAAGUUCAAGAUAUUUUAGGGAGAAGUUACUUGUUAAUCACUCCUGGGAGUUAAAGGGUUAAUUACAAAUAGGCAGUAGCUUUAAGAAUGUGUACCAG